CUGAGCCGCUAGUACGUUUAUAUUAUUAUUAAUAUAUAUUUAUAUUUCGUUUUAAUUUACAAGUUUUCCAUCGUUCAUAAUUUUAAUAUUUUUAUACCGUUUUAUACAAUAAUAAAGUGUUUAUAGAUAGGCGUAAUUACAACGUAAACAUAAAGUUUGUACACCAAACGAGAGGCAAAAUUAAACGGAGGGAAUUGUUCGCGUAUUAGGCGGUUGAAGUUCGAGCAAGUUUCGGCCGGCCCGAGUUUGACAGUUCGCCGAUUGGAAAAUUUAAAAAAUAACGUUUUUGAGAAACAACAUGGCGGACUGUGUGUUUGUCAUCGUGCGGGGCGAGUUCGACGACCUCGCCGGCCGCUAGGAUGCUCAACUUCCAUAACAUUUGACGGCUGCUGUAUCCAUGCGGCGGUGACGCGAUGUCUGUCGCGCCGGCGGUCAAGCGCGAGCUGGAGCUGGAGAGCGGCGGCAGCAGCCCCGGGCGCAAGCGGCGCAAGCAGGCGGCGCCCUCGCGCGCCACGCCGCAGCACCCCGCGCCCCCGCCCCUCGACCUGCACGCCAAGAUGGCCGACAUCUACAAGAGCGCGCUCGCCUUCGGGGAGCUCGGCCUGCCCGCCUUCGACCCGCUGGCGGCCUUCCGACUGCUGCCGCGCCACGAGCCGCCUCGCAUCUUCAACCCCGAGGCCUACUGCGAUCUGUGCUGCAAGGAGUUCUGCAACAAAUACUUCCUCAAGACGCACCGCGCCAACAAGCACGGCAUCUACGACGGCGGCGAGCCACAGCCAGCGCCCCCGCCCCCCGCACAGCCGUCACCCCCGCGCCGCGCCUCCGACGAGGAGUCGGGCGGCACUCCUCGCCGCCUCUCACCAGACUCAGCGCGGCGAGCGCGGGAGUCUGGCUUCCAGCCCGAUGCGCUGCGACGUCUCGGCGUUGUCAACCCAGAAGCGUUUUGCGAAAUAUGCUGUAAAGAGUACUGCAACAAAUACUUCCUCCGAACGCAUCGAGAACGAAGGCACGGCGUGCCCGCGCGCCGCUCCCCCGUCAACGAGCACUCGCCGCCAUCAGCCACGCCGCCCACCGGCCCGCUGUGCACGCCGCUAGGUACACCGCUGGGCACCCCGCUGCCCACACCGCUCACCACGCCGCCCGCGCUGUCGGGGCCGCCGCCAGACACGCCUCCACGCUCGCACUCGCUGCCACCACCAUUAGAUCCUGAAGAAAUGGCAGAAGUUAAGAGAGAGUGUGAAGACGAGCUGGAGGCAGCCUUACGCGAUGGUCAGACCAGUCCGCUUAAUUUAAUCGUGGAGGAGCGCGGCGUGUCGUCACCUGGAUCUGCGAGCGAAGAGCUGCGGAAGCUGCAGACAAUGAUCUCUCAGCUGAACGAGCUAGCGGCUGAGCGGCUGGCGGACGAGCCUAACGACCCCGGCCCCCGCCCGCCCUCCGCCUCCCCUCCACCGCCUGACGAGCGGCGCGCGUCCUCCUCCGGCUCCAGCUUCUGUGAGAUCUGCAACAAGGAGCUGUGCAACAAGUACUUCAUGCGCACGCACAUGCAGCGCAUGCACGGCAUCUCGCUGGAGAGCGGCACGCAGCUGGGCGGCGUCACGUGCGACAUCUGCCACAAGGAGCUGUGCAGCAAGUACUUCCUGCGCGUGCACAAGCACAACACGCACGGCAUCCCCGCGCCGCCCGCGCCCGCCGCCACCGCGCCCGCCGAGCCGUGCCCGCUGUGCGCGCGCCGCUUCCGCGGGCCGCGGCUGCGGGCGCACCUGCUGGCGGAGCACGCGCCGCCCGCGCGCCCGCCGCCGCCGCCGCCGCGCCCGCUCGACCUGCUGGCGCGCGACAAGCCCUACGCCUGCUCCUACUGCCCCUUCACCACCGACGUGCUGGCCUUCCUGUUCGCGCACGAGCGCGCGCACGCGCAGCAGGCGGCCGAGCCCGAGCUGGCGGCGGAGCCGGCGCCGGGCGAGGCGGAGGAGUCGGGCGAGGCGGAGGGCGAGGCGGAGGCGGAGGGCGCGCAGUACUCGUGCUCGCGCUGCGAGUUCCGCGCGGAGGGCUUCGCGGCGCUGGAGGCGCACCUGCGCGCGGCGCACGGCGGCGCGGGCGCGCUGCUGGCGGUGCCGCGGGCCCCGCAGGCGCCGCUCACCAUGCAGCCCUUCGUGGUGGAGGAGGCGGGCGGCGCGCUGAGCCUGGUGCCGGCGCUGGUGUUCCUGCCGGUGCGGCGCCGCGCCACGCGCCGCGCCACCGUCACGCUCACGCUCACGCCGGCCUAGCCGCGCCAGCCGUGCCGUGCUCGCGGCCGCGACGACACCGCCGCGAGCACGCUACACGAUCGCUGAACUCUACUAACUACAUUUAACGCUGUGUGCCUUCAAGCGAUUGCUGAAAUAUUAUGAGACGUAUUUGUAAAGGAGAAGCCGACUGCGCCGCCCGCUCGAGCGUGACACCGCGCGGCGGCCCCCGGCCUCUUUUUUGUCAGAGUCUAACUUCAUAUAUUGAGAAUUAUAUUGAACGGGUGAUAAUAUAUGAAACGUUGCCGCUUAUAAAUUCGAUUAUUUAUUAUUAUCUCCUCGAUGUUCCGUCGGGUCGGUCCGAGACGAGUUUAUGAAACGUCGAUUUCGAUCGGGAGAAGAAAUACACCCUAGGAGUAAUUAUUAUUUAAAGGUAUUUUAUCGGUGAGUGCGCACUCACGAUAGCGUCUAGGUACCGGUCGAUGUUGAUCACUGAGACGCCGGCGCUGCGCAGGCGCCGCCACGCACGCCACACAACCGCUCUACCUCACCACGUUAGUUUUUAUAUUAGCUGUUAUUGUAUAAAUUAUAUUUUGGAGUUACAAUAAAGUACAAAUAUAGUUAGUGCGUCAGUAGGCCGCGCCGGUCGCCUGACGCCGGCCGCCGGCCGCCGGAUGCCGGACGCCGGACAGGCGCGCUCUUAGCUACUCGAUACUAUUUAUUGUUGUCUACGAGUGACUUAAAGCACAAAGAUACGUACUAUUGGGCAGUGAUCAACAUUAAACGUAAUUUUAGUAUUAAAUUUGAUUAGAUAUGUGGUCGUGGGGCUCGGUGUACGGGUUUAGUUAACACAAGAUACGGGUGACGUCGGGGCGCGCGGCUGGGCCAGGCGCGCCCGCCGCCCCUACAUUAUACUUGUUUGUACUAUGCGUUAUACUGCGCCGUCCGCUCCGCUCGCACCGCCACACGCACUCGCCGCUUUACAUAUACUAUAUUUUGAACUCUGAGUUUUAAGAUGUACAUUUUGGAUAGUUAUACAUAACUGCCAUCAACAAAGACUGAACAUUGAACGACCUCACGAGUGGUGCGGGGGGAGGGGCGGACGCUACAUAUUAUUAUCUUGAUAAUCAAGACUUAUUUGAUGGGUAAAUGGUAACAAAGUUUGUUUAAAUAAUUCAUUAUUGGUAGAUCAGUGUGGAGGUUAGCUUGUACAAACCAUGCAGCUUCUAAACAAAGUUCCUAUGUAUGUACGUAAGUUGUAAUUAAAUUUAAAGAAACUAGAGGUCGCUCCCGUAACGGCUCCGGACCGGGAACCUGAUUGUUAUUGUAAUCAUUGUGAUUUUGGAUCAGGGUAACCUAAUGAGGAAAUACUUGCUACGCAUAUACUUCGUGUGGCAUAUGGUUCCGUAAUACUAAAUUAAUCGUUCUAAUGCAGAAAACAUUUUUUUUUAAUUGUAAAAUUCCUUCACAACAAAACGAUUCCCAUUUUUGUAUAAAAAUAUUUUACGAAAGCUUUUCUGGCUCAAAAUAUUCGUUGUCCACAACGAAUUUGCAAGAAGCCUAAUUUCCUAACAUACUUUCAAAGUUCCUAACUAAAGUUCCAAAUAUUUAUUCCUACUCGCAAACGUCAAAAUUAGGCAUAGACUUCAAAAUAAGUGCAGAAAUUAUUUUGAAAAAUCCAUCUUCCUACUAGUCUUCCUAGAGGCAAGCCAAAUGGCCGGGCCGGAGCCGAGACGAGGGCGCGCAUAACAACAAAUUAUAUUAAUAACGUUUUAAAUAAUAACAAAUUAAUACAAUUGUACGCGUGGUAAGAUCCUCAGGGAGCGUGCAUUCUCUGUGAGCAUUCGUGGAACAAUUGUAGAGAAUGCCGGGGGUUUUUAUUAUAUUAGGAGAAAGCACGGUCGCAGGGAUCGAAGUCAUUCGAUGUAGUGAAAAAAUGUAUUGAAAAAUAUUGUGUUCUAACGUUCCGUUUUCCCAAAAGCGUUGUACUUGAUGUGGAAAUGACCAGUUGGGGGUGUAGCUCAGAUGGGAAAUAGAGGUUUCCUGUUAUAAUGUUGGUGGAAACCACACAAAUAUGUGUUAUAAUUAUAGUAUAAACAUAUACGUAUAUCCUGUGCUAAUCAAUAGUAGGUACAUUUGAUGACCCUGUAAGAGAUUUUUAUUAUAUUAGAUGAGUUAAAUUAUAUAUUGUAUUACAUAAAUAGGUGUUAAAUUAUAAAUAUGUGCAUUAUGCAGUUGUCAUAAAAUCUGAAGUAUAAAACAGUGUCAGUAAGACAAAACACUUCCCACAUGUAGUGUACAAAUGCUUUUUCACAAAGCUCUUUGAUAAAAACUACAAUAUCAUCAAAUAAAUUGCCCUUUUUGGGGUGUUUUGAAAAACAUGUUUCCGGAAAAUACCUAAUUCGUGAUUUUCCCAUGCUGGAAUGUUUAAUUCAUUCAAAUUACUUGGCGCUAACAGUUUUUGUUAGCUGAUUGAUAGAAGGAAAAUUAUUAUACAAAAUACUUUUAUAUGAAAAUAUGUACGGGUAUAAAUUAAGUUUGUCUGUCCCAUCUUAGCUACAUGUACAACGUAUCAAUAGUACAAAUUUGUUAACCAAGUGUGCAAGGUAUCGGAGGUUGGUAAACAAAUAAUAUUACAGUACAAAUUAAUUAUUAAGUGUAGCAGAAAGGUAUUCAGGAGUGAUAUUAAUAGUUAACAAUGUUCACUCGAGUACAACGCUAUGAAACAGCCAAUACAGUCGCACGCUGUCCUAAUCAUCUGUAUAUUAUUUAUUAUUAAUAAUUGUACUAUUAUAUUAUAUACAUUUUCAGUCAUUAUUGUUAUUGCAAAAAAUGAUUUUAGAGUUACAUAAGAUGACAUGCAAAAAAUAUUAAAAAUAUUGUUGUUUACGAAUGUACCAGUGUCAAAAAUAUAACGAAAUAAUAUAACGGGGUUUUUCAUGUAAAAAAGCUGAAAAAGAGCUUUUUAAGCUACCGUUAUGUGCUUUACGAAAAGCGAAGUUUAGAAUGUGUUUCUGAACUAAAAAAAUACUGAAACGGGUAAAUUAACAAAAAUAUUCUUUGCAAAUAUAAUACUUUAACGUUCCUAAGUUAUUAUAAUAAUUAUAUUUAAGUACUAAAAUAACAAUUGAACAUAGUUAUCAUGGUACAUUUCAGAUCAAAGUUUUAAUAUUUUGUGAAGAUCUGAGAUAACCCUGACAACUUUGUUUAUAUUUUUGUCAAUUUCAAAUAUUUCUGAAGUUUACUAUUUAAAAAAAUAUUUGACGUUGACAGAAACGUUAUGAUCUCUAAACAAAAGUUCCUUCAUUCCAAAAAUUAUGUAAUUCGUUCUAGUCGUUAGUAAUUUUAGGUUAAAAUAUAUUUUAGUGCGACUGUAUUUUGUAAACGUGAAAAUAAUUUUUCGAGUUAUAUAAAAACUGUGUUGUUUCUAGUCAAAUUAUUUUAUAAAAAGUUUUACUAAUGUGGGUGUCCAUAAGUUAGGAGAAAUAACAAAGUUAAAGCAAAUAUUUUGGGAACGAAAAAAUAGAAAAUUGAAGCAGAUACAUACUAUGUGGUUUAUGAAAACAUAUAUUUUCAACAAAAAUAGUUACAAUAGUAAAUAAGCAAAAUUGAAAACUUCUGGCGUCCACAUUAGCUAAAAUCAUAUUUUAAAAUAUAUUUAAAAGAGAAUUAUAUUGGCUUUAGGAGAAAGCCAAACCUUAUGUCGCAGCCAUUUUGUAGAACUUACUAUUAUCUAUUAACCACAGACAAGAACAAAAAAACAUAAACCUCAAAGAUGAAAUUAAAACUUUUUUGACAAAAUGAAAAUAAAAUCCGUUGUUUUUCACGAUUUUAACCUAAUAGCAUUUAAUUAAAGGUAAAAAAAUGGAAGAUACUUAUUUAUAAUAAUACUUAUUUAUUAGUGUUUCUCAGUAGUAAGGCCUACACUAUGGUCUGCGGUCGGUAUAUGUUCCUAGCUCCGUCUGUUUGUUAUGUAUUUGUUUUCCAUUAAUUACUACGAAGCAUUUCUACCGUAUUCAAU